AUGUCCACAAGCCUCGCUGGACAGUUGCCGAGCCUCCUCGCUGAGGUAAGCGGGAUGAGCGCGCCACGCGAGGUGCUCCACGGCCUCAUCACCUCGGUGGUGUCGGGCACGCACCUGGUGGUCGACGCACCGCAUGCUGACUCGCCUGCCCUCACCGCCCUCCGCAACCUUGUCCGCACGCUCGUCCCGACCCCACUGGGCGCACUGGCAACAACGACGCUGUCGCAGGCAACAACGCCUGCAUCGCUGCUCGACUCGCUGCUGGUGAGCCAUGGGAAGGAUGCUGGCGAGGUGCCGCCGGAUGUGGCUGCGCCGGCCUCUCUGCCGGUUGUUACGUCAGGCUUGCAGCUGCCGGCAUCGUCGUCGCCUGGGACAGGCGGCAAGGCAUCAGCGCUGUCGUCGGCGCCGACCUCACCGGCUGGCGGCUAUUUCCCGCCGCUGAUGGCUACCGAUGAGCUGCGUCGCGUGGCGCCGGUGUGGAUGGUGGUUGGGCUGGACAUGACCCAUAAGUCUGUCCAGCGUGCCCUUCUCAAGACGCUCUCGUACGGCCGCUUCUCGCUCGGCGGCACGGUGUACACCCUCCCGGCCAACUUUGUCAUGGUGGCAGUCUGCACCGGCGCUGAUGCCGGGCACGUCACCUCGCCGUUGCGCGACUACUUUCUCACCCGGGUCUCGCUCGGUGCCUCGGCCCGCAUCGAGUGCCCGUACCCGUCGGCCAAGGCUCGCUCCUUCCCAUACACUGCCGGUGACCUGGUCGAGAUGCGGAUGGAGCUGGCCCGGGUCUACCUCCAUCCAGAUGUCCUCGCCUACAUGAAGGCGCUUGUCUACGCCCUCCGCCAGGACCCGUGCGUGGCCGAGGGCAUCACUGCCCGCGCCGUACCUGCCCUCUCCAUGGCCGCCCGCGUCUCUGCCCUCCUCAAGGAUCGCCUCUUUGUUACCCCUGCCGACAUCCAGAUCGUCAUCGGCCCCGUCCUUGCCCACAGGAUCAGCCUCACCUCGUGGUCCUCUUCCGAUGCCACCGUCCUUGACCUCCUCGAGGACCAUGUCUCUGCCAUCGACCCUCCUGUCUAA